AUAAAGCCUGAAAUUUCGUUUUAACAAUUAGGGUUUCGCUCGCAGUUGCUGCUCAACCUCCAUAGCCUCCGAGCUCUGCACAGAAGAACGAAGCCAUGGGGAAGACACGUGGAAUGGGAGCUGCUCGCAAGCUGAAGUCCCACCGCAGGAGACAAAGGUGGGCAGACAAGGCAUACAAGAAAUCCAAUCUUGGCAAUGAAUGGAAGAAACCUUUUGCUGGCUCAUCCCAUGCAAAAGGAAUUGUCCUUGAAAAGAUAGGUAUUGAGGCUAAGCAGCCCAACUCUGCCAUUCGUAAGUGUGCUAGGGUUCAGCUCAUCAAGAAUGGGAAGAAGAUUGCUGCAUUUGUCCCAAAUGAUGGUUGCUUAAACUACAUAGAAGAGAAUGACGAAGUCUUGAUAGCUGGAUUUGGACGAAAGGGUCAUGCCGUGGGUGAUAUUCCUGGUGUUCGAUUCAAGGUUGUGAAGGUAUCUGGUGUCUCUCUUCUGGCUCUUUUCAAGGAGAAGAAGGAGAAGCCAAGGUCUUGAAUUUGUGGAAUGCCUCUUCUAUUCGUUUUCUUUAGUUUCUCUGAAGUAUGAUGAAUUUUGUUUCAAGGUGAAUGGGUUUUAUCGACAAUUUUGUAUCUUUUCUAGUUAUUUUACUGAAGUUUAUCAGUUUACAUUUUUAGUAACUUGUCAUAGUCUCCUUGUGCUUUUUCCCCAUUAUCUGGCUGUCGUGCUGUUGCUUUUGGCCAUUGCAUGAAAUCCAGUCAGUUUCCCCGCAUAAACUGGCCAUUCAACAUUC